ACUGUAACACGACUCGAGCAGCCACAAGCCAACACCCAUUAAAGUUGGCAACAAAACUCCCGAAACAUUCCCGCUAAUCUCCCCACAUCCAUUUAGAGUGACGGGUCUCGCGCAUCUCGUUGAAUCCAGCGCUUCAGUGUUCUCAUCUCUUCAUCUCCAGACUGAAACUUUUCCUCCAUCACAAUGGCAGCGUUGGGCAACCGUGGAACCGUGACUGAGGCAUCAGGCUUCAAGCCAGAGGAAGAUGCCCAGAAAAUCUAUGGUGCUAUGAAAGGAGCUGGAACCAACGAGGCAGCUAUCAUCGAGGUCAUUGCUCAUCGCACUAUUGCACAAAGACAAAAAAUCAAGGAAGCUUUCAAACAAAGCGUGGGAAAGGAACUGCUUGACUGCUUGAAGUCCGAGCUCACUGGAAACUUUGAGGCGGUUGUGGUCGGCUUGAUGAUGCCCGGCCCGGUGUACGACGCAUAUGAGCUGAGAAACGCCAUCAAGGGUGCUGGGACGGAGGAGGCUUGUCUUAUUGACAUACUGGCCUCAAGAACCAAUUCCGAGGUUAAGGAAAUCAUUGCUACUUACAAGAGAGUGAAUGACAAGAGUCUUGAAGAUGAUAUCUGCGGAGACACAUCUGGGAUGUUCCAGAGGGUCUUGGUGUCUUUACUCUCGGCUGGCCGUGACGAGAGCACCAAGGUAGAUGAAGCUCAGGCUGUCCAGGAUGCAAAGGACAUCUACGAGGCGGGCGAAGCUCGAUGGGGAACAGACGAGGUCAAGUUCCUCACUGUGCUGUGUGUGAGAAACAGAAAUCACUUACUCCGAGUGUUUCAGGAGUAUCAGAAGAUUUCUGGACGGGACAUUGAAGACAGCAUUAAGAGAGAGAUGUCCGGCUCCCUAGAGGAUGUAUUUCUGGCAAUAGUGAAAUGCAUAAAAAACAAGCCGGCAUUUUUCGCUGAAAGGCUCUACAAGUCAAUGAAGGGUUUAGGCACCACAGAUAGCGUGCUGAUCAGGAUCAUGGUGGCUCGCGCUGAGAUCGAUAUGCUCGACAUUAAAGCGGAGUUCCUGAAGAUGUAUGGAAAGACCCUUCACUCCUUUAUAAAGGGGGACACAUCAGGCGAUUACCGUAAGAUCCUGUUGGAGUUGUGCGGAGGGGAAAAGUAACACAUCUGGCAUGUUCAUUAGUGUGAAACGCUCUCCCUCACGCCUGGCCACCGCAUUUCAAACACAUUCCUUGUUUGUAAUACCAAUUAAAAGCAAACAGUGACGUUCUAAAUGAGAUUUGUGAUUUUUUUUUAUUUUUUUUAUUGCCUUAGAAUUUAUGGGAGCCCUUUAUAGAUUGGCACAUCUUAGAGUUUGUCAAAUAAAUAAAGCGAGAAAAGAACAGCCCA